CAAUUAUUACAUACAAAGAAAAAAAAAAAAAAAAGAACUACAAACACUUAUAAGUGGGAGAGUUAUUAGAGAGAAUUAGAAAGCCAAAUAAUGGAGAAAGGAAGUAUUAUGAUGAUAUUGGUGUUGGCUUUGGGGGUUUUGAGCAUGGCAAAUGCUCAAAGUGCCAAUAAUGUGAGAGCUACUUAUCAUUUGUACAACCCACAAAAUAUCAAUUGGGACUACCUCAGAGCGAGUGUAUAUUGUGCAACAUGGGAUGCUAACAAGCCUUUGGAGUGGCGUCGUCGUUAUGGUUGGACCGCUUUCUGCGGCCCUGUCGGCCCUCGUGGCCAAGCUUCUUGUGGACGUUGUUUGAGGGUGACUAACACUGAAACGGGAGCUUCAACAAUAGUGAGAAUUGUUGAUCAAUGCUCAAAUGGAGGGUUGGAUUUGGAUGUGAAUGUGUUUAAACAGCUUGACACUAAUGGAAAUGGAAACUUCCGGGGCCAUCUUACUGUCAACUAUCAGUUUGUCAAUUGCUAAGUUUCUACUUUAAUAAUUUCAUUUCAUUCUUCCUAGAAGAAGAAAGAAAAUCAUGUUCUAACGAAUAAAGUAUGAAUAAUAAAGUAUGUAAUAAAGGUUCCAUUAAUUUGUGAGCUUGAUAUAAUUGAGAAAAUAAAAAGAAUUUAUUACCCUA